CCCUUUCUCCCUCGGCUCUCACGUGGCGACUCUCGUCGCAUUAAUUUCCUCGUUUCCUUUUUUAUUUUAAGUUAAUCCGUCAAUAACGCUGCCUCUCCCUCGCUGUGUACGAUUCCCCGAAUAAAUGAUUGCAUUCAUUGCCUGAUUGCCUCUCGCUUGCGCCGGUUGCCGUUCCCCAAAGCGAGUUCGGUCGGCGCACGCUUCGCUUGCGUCGCCGCGACGCCUCUUCCACCCCUCUAGCCAACAACGAAGAAUUCUCCUUCCAAGGCUCCGGUAUUCUAUCCCUGGUUAGAUUCCACCCUCGGACGGCCACAGCUUCAGCGAAAGUGAAGCAAAAAAAAAAAGCUCAAAAAUUUGAAUCUCUGUUCACUACCGUGGCGGCACUACAGCUUCAGGACUCGGUCGCUUGAUCUGAAAUGAGCUCUGGGAGAGGAAUGGAGGCAAAGCUGGUAGUUUUAGCGAUUGUCUUGCUGUGGUCGGCGGCGAUUGUCGGGCGAGGAACCGCCGAGCCGGUGGCGGACAAGCAGAGACUGCUGGAUUUUAUCCAAGGGCUCCCUCCCCGGCGCCCGCUCAACUGGAGCCCCUUCACCUCGGCGUGCGACAGCUGGCGGGGCGUCACGUGCAGCGUCGACCGGGCCCGCGUGGUCGCCGUCCGAUUGCCCGGCAUCGGAUUCAACGGCUCGAUCCCGCCUAACACCCUCGGCCGCCUCACCGCGCUCCAGAUCCUGAGCCUCCGCUCCAACAGCCUCACGAGCCCCAUCCCCGCCGACUUCGCCAACCUCACCGCCCUCACCGGCCUCCACCUCCAGCUCAACAGUUUCUCCGGGCCCCUGCCGUCCGUCCUCUCCGCCCUCAAGAAUCUGACGGUCCUCGAUCUCUCUUUCAAUGCCUUCAACGGCUCCAUCCCGGCCUUCCUCUCCAAUCUCACCCAGCUCACCGCCUUGAAUCUCUCCAACAACUCCUUUUUCGGCGAGAUCCCGGAUCUCUACCUCCCGAAUCUCCAGCUCCUCAAUCUCUCCAACAACCACCUCAACGGCAGCAUCCCCAGAUCUCUGCAAAAGUUCCCGAAUUCCUCUUUCUCCGGCAACGAUCUCUCCCCGAAAAAUAUUCCAUCGACUCCACCGCCAUCGUCGCUUCCUUCUUCCCCUCCAUCUCCGCUGCCGCCGCCUCCGAGAACUGGAGCUUCCCAUAAGCUCAGCGAGGCGGUGGUUCUCGCAAUUAUUAUUGGCAGCUCUGCUGCAAUCUUUGUGGGGAUUACGUUCUUUCUUUACGUCUGUUGCUCCAAGAGGGAUGCUGAUGGCGUGGUCUCUGGGAAGGGGUCGAAGGGAGAUCGGUCGCCGGAGAAGGCCAUGGCCGGGCACCAGGACGAGAUCAACCGCUUGGUGUUCUUCGACGGGUGUACCUUCGCCUUUGACUUGGAGGAUCUGCUGAGGGCUUCGGCGGAGGUACUGGGGAAGGGCACCUUCGGGACGGCCUACAAGGCGGCGCUGGAGGAUGCGACGACGGUGGUGGUGAAGAGGCUAAAGGAGGUCGGGGUCGGGAAGAAGGAGUUCGAGCAGCAGAUGGAGGUGGUGGGGGGCAUCAAGCACGACAAUGUGGUGGAGCUGCGGGCAUAUUACUAUUCCAAGGAUGAGAAGCUCAUGGUGUACGACUACUUCAGUCAAGGGAGUGUGGCUUCUUUGUUACACGGGAAAAGAGGGGAAGACCGGACACCUUUAGAUUGGGAAACUAGAUUAAAGAUAGCCAUUGGAGCUGCAAGAGGAAUUGCACACAUCCACAGUCAGAACAAUGGCAAACUUGUUCAUGGGAACAUAAAAUCAUCCAAUGCCUUCCUCAACAACCAGCAAUAUGGCUGCAUCUCUGACCUUGGGCUGACGUCGUUGAUGAACCCAAUGGUUCCUCCUGUGUCCCGGACUGCAGGGUAUCGUGCACCUGAGGUGGUCGACCUGCGAAAAACAACACAAGCUUCAGAUGUCUACAGUUUUGGUGUGCUCAUGUUGGAACUUCUCACCGGGAAGUCACCGAUCCAAAUAACAGGGGGUGAUGAGGUGGUCCACCUAGUAAGGUGGGUUCAGUCCGUGGUCCGCGAGGAGUGGACUGCAGAGGUGUUUGAUGUGGAGCUGAUGAGGUAUCCAAAUAUAGAGGAGGAGAUGGUGGAGAUGCUUCAGAUCGCUAUGACUUGUGUGGUGAGGAUGCCGGAGCAAAGGCCGAAGAUGUCAGAGGUUGUGAGGAUGAUUGAAGAUGUCAGAAGGUUCGAUACCGGGAACCGGCCUUCAUCAGAGGGCUCAACACCACCACCAGCACAGGUUAUAGCAGAAACCCCGGCCACCCCCCAGUAAAGCUCUUACCAUUUUGAGAGCUUACCGUAUUAUAUUGAUUCGUCCCUCCAGGCUUGCCGCAUGGCCUGAUUGGUAGAACAGUCAUUGCAUGUUGUUUUGCAUUUGGUCCAACAUUUUUUUCUUCCAUCUCGAUACUUGUUUGGGAUUAACUUAAUGCAGGGAACGUUGUAGUUUUAAAGGUUCUGUGACGAUGAGGGUCCGGCCUUUUUUUCCUCCUUGGUUACAGAAGUAUCAAUUAUUAGAAUGCUUGCUCUCAAUGCAAAGGUUGAGACUGAAACAAUUGGUCCUCUCUUUCAGGCAAACAAAUUAUUUAGUUCCGGUUUUCCAUUU